AUCCAUCAACAGUUUGUUUGCUAGCUAAGUUGAAUGCUAAGGAGGAGUCCCGUGACUUAGCCACAAGCUAGUCACUUGUACUGUCUGUUUUAUAGCUCACUGUAUACGUUUCAGUCACAAGAUUUACUCAAACCGAGAGAAGGAAACGAUUAUGAAGCUUUUGUAAUAAGUGUGAAACAUUUAGCAGUAACCUUGCAGCGUUCAGUAAUGCCAGAUGGACUUGUUACUAACAGGCCUCUGCAGAAUGAGGCUACAGGUAUUGACCUGCAGGUUCCACAGUAUCAGGAGGUGCGGGGUUCCAUGAUGACAGGCCAUGUGGAGUACCAGAUUGUGGUGAUCACACGCCUUGCACCCUUCAAAUCUGCUAAACACAAACCAGAAGAUGUUGUCCAGUUUGUGGUGUCAAAGAAGUACAGUGAAAUUGAUGAGUUUUACUUCAAGUUGUUGGCUCAGUAUCCGAGCAUCCAUCUGCCUGUCAUGCCCCGUAAAGCGCUCUUUGUUGGAGAAUCUGACAUCCGUGAACGCCGAGUGACCUUUGAUGAGCUUGUCCGCUUUAUUUCCAAACAUCCGACACUCUCUACCUGUCCAGAGCUUAUGGAAUUUUUAGGAGCAAAAGAUACGCUUCAUGAUGUGAAAGCCUCCAAUACUCCUGACGUACCAGAGGAUGAGAACGAAGACGACGGGUUGGAUUUUUUUGGGAAAGAUGAGGUACCUACCACUCAGCCUGAGCAACUGAAGAAGCUAGUGAUUGUAGGAAAGGCAGCUGAAGAGGAGGAAGAAGAUGAAGAGGAACUGUUUGACCCCUUAGGCAGUGUUAGGUCUAAGAAGCCUAAGCCUGCCAAGCCAGCACCAAAACCUGCAGCUAAACCCAAACUCUCUCUGUUUGAUGAAGAAGAUGAUCCAGACAAGGAGCUUUUUCAGCCUGCGGUAAAGAGUGACGUGAAAUUGUUUGAGGAUCCAGAUUUAGGUGGAACUGUCUCUCUUGGAGACACUUUGCUGCUUCCUAACGCCUACCAGAGGAGUGAAGCCCCUGCUAACACCAAACUAGAUGAUGAUAUGGAUGAUCUCUUUAGAGUGGAGGAGAAUUUGGACAGACUUUUAGCUAUCAGUAAACCAGUGCAUCCAAAGCCAGCUGUUGCCCAGAAACCAGCAGUGAAAGCCAAGCCAGUAAUUCCACACAAGCCCUCUUCCAUGUCACAGUCUGGACGAGCACUUCCUCAGCCAGCCGUGGCCCAGGCAAUGGAUCAGCACGACAUCUUAAAGUAUAUCCAACAGAACGAGGCUGCUCCUAGUGAGGACCUGGACCUCUUUUAGCUUUGUUGUUCAGGGUCAAGCCAGGCAAAACAUUUCAUCAUAACAACACUAAAACAUUCUUCUGUUAAUCUCUGUUCAGACAGGAGUUUUGUAUGUAGGUGAUCUGACAAUAUCUGAAUAUCAUUCUGAAAUGAGCCCUCGCGUAUAAAGCUCACAUGAUUGACUAUAUCUACGUAGAUUUUAUUAUAUGCCAUUAUAUGAUGUUAUUAUAUUGUAGAGACUCAAAGGAAGGAAAGAACCUUUAUAAAAUAAUUUAACAUUCAUAUAUUGGUGAGUUGAUUUUGAUUUUGGAAAUAAUAAUAAUGUUUAAUAAAGAAAACAGAAACUAUGGUAUUAUUAUUAUUAGUAUUAUUAUUAUUAAUUUUUUUAAUGGCAUAUAGACCUUACACUUUUUGAUUUGUGAGGACGUGAUUUGUGUAGCUGUAAAGUCAUUUUGAUACCUAUAAAAAUGUUUAUAUACUUAAUCUCCUGUUCUUUGUAGUAUACAGGAACUUUCUAGUAAACUUUGUAGUAAACUCUUCUUUUUGUUUGUCUGUUACUUGUACCUUAGAUGUACCUUUAUUAAUUCCCCCAUAUGGAAAAUUCAAGUUCACAUAGCAGCACAAGAAGAGAGAAAAUAAAAAAAAUAAAAUAAUGGAA